AUGCAGGCGGCGGCGGCGGCGGCGCGGCGCCACCUCCUCGACCAGCACCACCUCUCCCCGGCCUCCUCGGCCGCCAUCGCCGCCUUCAGAUCCGCCGCCCAGCCGGCGCUCGCGCCCCAAGGGCUGGGCGGGGCGGAUGGCGCGAGGUACAUGUCCGCCAGGGCGCCGGCCGUCAAGGGGGCCGGGCAUCUCGUCCGCAAGGGCACCGGAGGGAGGUCGUCCGUGAGUGGAAUCGUCGCUACGGUGUUUGGAGCUACUGGAUUUCUUGGACGCUAUGUCGUUCAACAACUUGCGAAGAUGGGAUCUCAGGUUCUUGUCCCAUUUAGAGGUUGUGAGGAUUCUCACCGCCACCUGAAAUUAAUGGGUGACUUGGGUCAGAUUGUUCCAAUGAACUACAACCCAAGAGAUGUGAAUUCGAUUAAGACUGCCGUGGCCAAGUCAAAUGUGGUCAUUAACCUCAUUGGACGGGAGUAUGAAACAAGAAACUAUGGGUUUGAAGAAGUAAACCAUCAGAUGGCUGAACAACUUGCAAUGAUAUCCAAGGAGCAUGGGGGUAUCGUGAGAUUUAUCCAGGUUUCUGCUUUAGGGGCAUCCGCCUCUUCACCUUCUAGAUUGCUUAGGGCGAAGGCUGCUGGAGAGGAAUCUGUGUUGAAAGAAUUUCCUGAAGCUACAAUUAUGAGGCCUGCAACCCUGAUUGGCACAGAAGAUCGGAUUUUGAACAGAUGGGCAAUGUAUGCCAAAAAUUGGGGUUUCCUCCCACUUUUUGGCGGUGGAUCUACAAAGUUUCAGCCUGUUUACGUUGUGGAUGUUGCGGCUGCCAUUGUCAACUCCCUCAAGGAUGAUGGCACCAGCAUGGGAAAGACCUAUGAGCUUGGUGGACCAGAUAUUUACACUGUUCAUGACCUGGCUGAAAUGAUGUUUGAAACAAUACGCGAAUAUCCAAGAUACGUGAAUCUUCCUUUCCCUAUUGCAAAGGCUAUGGCUUCUCCAAGGGAAAUGCUGCUAAACAAAGUGCCUUUUCCUCUGCCAACUCCCUCCAUUUUCAAUCUUGAUCAGAUCAAGGCACUCACCGUAGACAACCUAGUGUCUGAGAAUGCUCUCAGUUUUGCGGACCUGGAAAUCAAGCCUCACAAGUUGAAGGGUUACCCUACCGAGUUCCUUGUCUGCUACAGAAAGGGCGGGCCGUCUUUUGGUUCUACUGUCAGCGAGAAGAUGGGGAGUGCGGAUGUGGCCCCCCGGUUCUGA